CGCCAGGGGGCGCCUUGUGCCUCAGCGCCCGGUGCCGCCCGCCCAGGCUGCUCAGGCGGGGAACAUGGCCUUGUCGCGCGGGCUGCGGUGCUGCCAGCGGGCCUUCGCCUGGCUGCCCGUCCUCAUCAUCGCCCUCGUCGUCCUCUGGUCCUACUACGCCUACGUCUGCGAGCUGUGCCUGGUGACUCUCAGCAACCCUGUGGAAAAAGUGGCCUAUCUUAUAAUAUUCCAUGUUCUCUUUGUGCUCUUUGUGUGGACGUAUUGGAAGUCUAUUUUUACUCUCCCAGUGCAGCCAGGCAAAAAGUACCAUAUGUCCUAUGCUGACAAAGAACGCUAUGAAAAUGAAGAAAGGCCAGAAGUGCAGAGGCAGAUUCUUGCCGAAAUUGCCAGGAAGUUGCCAGUGUACACAAGAACGGGGAAUGGAGGUAUUCGAUUCUGUGAUAGAUGCCAGCUAAUAAAACCAGAUCGCUGUCACCAUUGUUCUGUUUGUGCUAUAUGUGUGCUAAAAAUGGAUCAUCACUGUCCAUGGGUGAAUAACUGCAUUGGAUUCUCUAACUACAAGUUCUUCCUACUCUUCUUAGCCUAUUCUUUGUUGUAUUGCUUGUAUAUUGCUGCAACAGUCUUCAAGUAUUUCAUUAAGUAUUGGACAGGAGAACUGACUAAUGGACGUUCCAAAUUUCACGUCCUUUUCCUUCUCUUUGUGGCGGUUAUGUUCUUUGUAAGCCUUAUGUUUCUGUUUGGCUACCAUUGUUGGCUUGUCAGUAGAAACAGAUCUACUUUAGAGGCUUUCUCAGCUCCAGUGUUUCAAAAUGGCCCAGAUAAAAACGGAUUCAAUCUUGGCUUUGUAAAGAAUCUUCAACAAGUGUUUGGAGAAGAAAAAAGGCUGUGGUUGCUGCCUAUUGCCUCUAGCCAGGGUGAUGGACAUUUUUUCCCAAUGAGAGCUUUGUGUGAAGCUCAGAAUCCUCUCCUAGCAAAUGAAGAGCAGUGGGAAGAUGAUGGAAUAGAUGAAGAGCCUCAUGAUUCCACUGAAGCUUCAUCCCUUGCCAUAGAAAGGGAGACAUAGCGGUUUGAAAAUGGUGGCAGUACAAAGCUUGUUCAGAAAGCUUUCCUCUCAGGAGUUAACAUCCCUUUUCUUUGCAUGGACUUCAGUUGUGAGGGGCAGAAAAUAAGUGGAUCUUCAAGAUGAGAAAACAUCAUGAAGUAUCAUCUGAUUGGAAUCUGCAUUCUAGAGUGCUUCUCCAGAAAUCCCGCUAUCCAGAUGUUUCAAGGCUUUAUAAGUUUAAGUUAUGGAGUGAACAGAACAGUUUUAUAGAGUGAUUCUGGCCAAUCUUCUUUGGCCUGCUCUCUUUAUUUUAUAGAUAAUAUAUAUUUUUUAUUCAAAAGAGGUAAAAAGUAUUGAUGCGAGUGCAUUUCCAAAGGCCUUUUCAUUUUGCAAACAUCAGGGACUUGAGUUCUCAAAAUUCUUCCAAGCCAUAAUAUUCUUGGGGAUGGUAUUUAUAUUGAGACUGAUUCUCUAACCUUCUCUGACAAGUGGCAUUUUCUAAUGUGCUUAAAGUUCUGAGUCAGUUUAACUCAAUGAGAGACAGACUCAUUUAAAUUUGGCACUAAAUUGAUAGUUGGAUAUAUGUUUGUUGAAAGACAAAGUGCUGAACAUGUAUAUAUACAUAUGCAAGUGUGUACGAAAACAAAAUAUUCACAUUGCCAGUAUCAAGAUUCAAGAAUAUUGUGGCCAUAGAUGCUUUUUUUUCUAGGAAAGUGUAAUUACAUUAGAUUUUGAGUUACGGUGCCCUUUAAGCCCAAUCCUACUUGCAGGUACCUAAAAUGCAAAUGGAUGUUUUAGACAUUACAAUGUGCAUUAAUUACUAGGGCUAAAAUGACAGUUUGCAUGGUAAUUAGAGCAUUAUCAACUCAUUCCUGGAUCAGUGUUUGAUGGAAAUUUUUGUGUUCGUGGAGUCAGAAAGGAAAAAGUAAAUUUGAAACACAAGUUAGAAAUGUGCACUGAAUGUUUAGCUCCAACAGUAGUGUUUGGAGUUUACACUCCACAGCGGUGGUUUUAAUCCCAUAAUGCUGAAGAGACAUUUGGUGAACUUGAUUAUUUCAAACUUCUUCCUCAGUAAAUGUAUUGACUGGUAUUUUAAAGGUGUUUCAGCACCGAGAGGUGAUUAUGGUUUUUUUUCUUUAUUUUACUCCAUUGGCAGUCAGAGGAAUGUAUUGCUGUUUUUAUUCUGUGGAAUAGAACUGAAAAUUUGCUGGCAGGAUGACAUGCAUUUUUCUAGAUCCAAGUCGUUCUUUUAUCUGCAUGAUUCAGACCUGGCAACUCCAUCUCAUGUUUGAAUUAGGUACAUGUUUAAUGUGUUAGUAUACUGCGUCUAAGAUCAUUUGUUAGUGUUUUCUAUCCUGAUUUUGUUUGUUCAUCAGCCCAUUUGUAUUGACUUUGACUACAGAAGCAGUUGUCAGGAGAAAUUACCUGGUAAGUAUCUGUUUGGUGACAAAGGCCUUGGCUACAUACUUGUCUUUUCUCCUCUAUUUACUCUGCUGCUGUUACCAGCGGAAAUGUGUUAGUGAGAUAGAAGAGACUCUUGCAGAGAUUUUUGUCCAUAAGAGUAGAAGUUUAACUACCUGGUAUAAACCGUGCCCUUUGGACAGAUAUUUUAUACAUCAAACUCUAUACUUAGGUUUAGAAGAGGCGGUAGACUCUGUAGAAUGUGUUGUUAUUGCUGAAGUUGAGGUCUUGGGAAUUGGGGCGGGUUCUCCCAGUCGCAGUGUAGGUUAUUCUCCUUCCUCCUCUGGCUGUUGCCGAAGGCUCUUUGAAUGUUACCACUUCUGGUGGGUGGCUCUCUCAUCAGACAGCUGUCGACCAACAAAACUAUUUUUCCUAUUAAAUCUAAACCUUCAUUUCUAAUAGAAAUCCUGUGCUGGAUCUUAAGCUGUCAAAGGUGGCAGUAGAAUUGGUCACUUCUUGGCUGGCAAAAUGUAUUCUAGAGGGGAAGGUGGCAGUUAAACAGAGCAGGAAAUGUAUAGGAAUUUAGCACCAUUACUUGUGUAUUUGUGCCUUUAAACUGUUAAAUUCCUUGUUUAUAAAAGCAGGAGGAUAAAUCGCCAACUGUACUUUCCAUCCUGUCAACUGAAAUGUGUUUUUAAGACAGGAACGUCAAAGCUGUGUUUGAAGUCAAGUGGAUUUACAAGAGUUUCUGAGCAGGUUCUUGUGUCUGUUCUGCAUUUGGUUCUGUUCACAGCCAUGCCAUCCUUGCAGGGUUGUUUCUCUGCCAAACAGCAGCAGAAGAGCUGUCUAGAAGAUCUAGAGGCAGAUCCCUGCCUGCUGUCUAGCUGCAGCUUUGUUCCUUAGCCAGUAAAAUUUAUUUUGUCUUCUAAUUAUUAUUAAAACAGAUGUCUUUAUGAUAAUGCAGCUUUCCAGCUCAGACUUAGAAGCAGCUUUAAAAGGUUUCCAGGUGCUUAAAUGAUGCUUUGACACCUUUCGUUAACAUACUCAUAUUAAGUAAUUUUUCUUGUGGUUAGUAAUGGCAAAUUUUCCUUUUCUUAAAAGCUGCUCAGCCUCGCUUAGCUAGAACAAACUCUUGUGCAGGUGGAAAUGAUAAAUAAUUUGAUAGCUGCAGAGCCAUAAGUCAACAUUCACACCUGUCAGAUUCUGAAAGCUUCAGAGUGAGACAUGCAACAAAUACUGAAGCGGACAAAUCCUGGUGUGUCUGAGUGACUGAACAAACUCCAUUUUGUUUUCUUCUGCUGAGUUGGAGGAGAUGCCCUUCCUACAGCCUAGUAUUUGGACUGUGUAUGCUGAAUUCGAGUGCAGCAGAAUAGUUGGACAGGUUCCUCUGCCUCCCUGGGUUAAAACCGAGUGCAGAAAGCUGCCGUGCAGGUGAUGGUGCCCAGGAAUGCAGAGUCUGGGGGGUGGCUGCUGAAGCCACAAUGAGCCUGUGUUCUUCAGGGCAGCCUGUAAAUGAACAGCUGGGUCUCCCUGGGGAAGCUUAGUGUUCCUCCACAUACUGCUACUAGAUCUUUCUGCUCAGCGCAUUAGUGCAGCUGAUGCUUCAGACAUCAUUCCAGAUGACCUACUAAGGAGAACACAGUGUUUUCAGCUGGCAUUUUUGGCCUUUAAGAAGACUGUUAACUAGAGAUCUGGGCAGCAUAAAAGCAGUCAUUUUCAUUGCACCCCCUGCUACCUAUGGCUGGGCUCCUGUUUACUUUUUAAAUUGGCUUUUUGUUUGCUUAGCUUCUGAAAGAAAAUUGUAUACAAAGAAUGUGGUAAAUGCAGGAUGCAUGAGGUUCUGUCAAAUAUACCAGGUAAAUGCACUGGAACACAAAUUCCUCAGGCUGCCUGUAAUCACUGCUGCAGGUAACAAAACAGGUAAAGUAUUCAGCUGAGUGCAUUUUCGAUUUUUUAACAUGCAAAUAAAAUUUUACCCCUUUAAGGGGUAAAAUCCACUGGUGCAGUCUGCAGGGUAGAUAUCCCUGUUCUCUGAGGCUAAUGCUCCAAAAUAAUUUACCAGUAACAGCCGCCUCCUCUCCUCUCCCCGUCUCUCCCACGUACAUUCAGGUACAGUUCCCUUAGAGCAGACAUCACAUUGAUGUCUCUGUGGAUUGUAUUACACUAAGUCCUGUCCCUGGCCAGUGAGUGUUGUCCAAGGAAUUAGGACUUUAAUAAGCAUCACUGCACUGCAAUUUUUUUUUCUCUUGCUGAAUUGGUACCCUGUGGUUUUGGAGUAGAAGAAGAUUGUAUUCCUUUAAGCAAGGAGCAGUACUGUGUUUUCGUAGGCUUGUACUAGUGCAUGUAGUGUGCUGUAGCUGAUGGAGGCCGGGAAGCUUUUUAAUAGCACUAUAGCAAUGAAUGUUUACUUCCUGGAACAAACCAGAGAUGUGAUUCAGCAAAAUCUGAAACUGUACUUUUUAUAUUCUGUAUGCUGACGUGGACUGAAAGCACAACUUAGUAGUAGUUACAAAACUCGAUGCAUGAAGUCUGUAACAUAGUAUGAAUGUAAAGCGUCAGGGAAAAAUAGAACUUAACCUUUUCCUCCCCGUAGUUAGAUGUAGAGGAAGAUGUGUGGGGAUAUAUUCAGGGACCAGCUGCCUCCAGUGUAGUCGCUAAGCCAGCAGAACAGAUUUGCUGUUUGCAUAGCUAGCUCGUUCCUGAACGUGUUGAAUUAGCAGGCUAAGGAGGUGCUGUUGACCUUGUUUGUUAAGCCAGAAUUAAUUAACUUAGAGUCACAUUUUCAUUUCAGUGACUCUCAUGGUACAAAUUUUUGAAAGCAAUCCAUAGUACUUGAACAUACCUGGAUUUUAUUGAUAUUUUUCCAAUUCUAUCAGCUUCUGUUUUGUUACAGAACACGUGUAAAAAUAAACCUGUUCCGAAGCCAUCAAUUAAAGCGUACUCAUGGUAGGGUGGCUUCUGUCAUUAAAAGUAAUGGUCUGUCAAACAGUUUGGCAGUGACGAGCGUUUCCAGGUUGUGGCAUUAUUAUGUACUCUUCCUGCUUAAUGCGUUAGUUCCUUUUCUGGUAAUUAACACUGAGACCAUACCCACUGUUGCAGUUUUAUUCUUAACUGUCCUUUCUCCAUCUCCCUUUAUGCUCUUCCUCCCGAACGCAUAGCUCCAACAUAUCAGCUUUCAGCUGUUUGUGCUGUUUUCUUUGGAUACUAACAAGAUGAGUAGGUGUCAUUUUAACCAGUUGGGCCGUGUAUUUUGUUUGUAAUUAAUCUUAAUGUUUGUCAGGUAUCGCUUUGUGAUUUUCAUCGUUCGGGCUCAGCUUGCUUUGCUCAGGUCAGUGGGAUCCACCUUCCUGCAUUGCUUUUCUCUUUCUUAUAAAUCUUAUUUCUUCAUGUUCUAGCUUCAGUUUGAAAUGUAAACCUUGUGAAGUACAAUGUAAGUUUACUUUUCUAAUAUGAGCAUAUAAGCUGGUUACGCCUUCAUGCUGCUUGAUUUAUUUUUUUCUGUAUAAGAUUUACAGCAGCGUGUGUAAAGCUUUAAUGGAUAACAGCUACUGUUCAGAAAAAAAAAGGUUUAUGUUAAGGAAAAAAAGUACAAGGGGAUUAUCCUUGCUUCUUAUUCCAAUUGUGCUUAAAAAAAAAAAAAGCAACAAAGACACCUGAUUGCAUCAAAUGCUGAUAUCAAACAGCUUAUAUAACACAAAGGUGUUUUACCUGAUGGAGUUUCUGCUAUUUCAAUACUCAGUAGACUUAAACUUUUCAUUGGGGCUAAAUCCCAUGGGAAGCCUGGAGAGAGGAGGAAAAACACUUCUUCCUCCCCAUCUCCGUUCUGAAUUAGGGUUGUGUGCUGCACCUCCUCAGAUCACCAUUUUCCUAAAUUUAUAAGAGACACAAAAAUCCAGUGGAUUCUUGAAAAUGUUGGUUUGUUUUCUUUGUCGUGCCUGUUCCUGGAGGAUCCAGGAUGUGUACAAGCAGGAGGUUCUCGUAUAGACACCUGGCAUCCUGCUGAUGUAACGAACCCAGGCGGGUGCAGACGUGGCCUCCACGGAGGAGGAGAUAAGAUAUUUCUGACUCAGAGAUUGUGUGAAGAGGUAGGUGGAACGUGUGGUGCUGUUCUGAAUUAACUCCAUGCGCAGGCAUUCCUCUUUUGCAAUAAUUACGUUAAUGUGUAACUUCUGUUGUGCUCAUUGAUCAUGUAGACUCGAGCUAUCCCCAGUAAUUCCAGAUUGCAUUGUUAGGAGCUGGGAGCUUCUAUCGCGGCUUCCCUCUUGCUAGUAACAUAAAACAGAAAGGAUCAGGUUGCUAUAAAUUAUUCCACCUGUCCCAGCUGUUGAUUUCAGCUGAGAAUCAGGCUGGUUUGGGAUUAGGAAGCUCCGUUUGGGAGCCGAUAUACUACCUCUCCAACUGGGUCAGAACUUUCACUGUAAACCACUGUAGUAUAAAGAGCUUCUCAUAUCAAGGAAGACUGGCUUAGUGGGCUCUGUGCCAAUAACUACUAAAUUAUUCAAAAUAGUAACAUAAAUUUCAUUUAUUAUUAUAUUCAGUUGCUUUUUAGGAAACCAGGAUGGCCUGGUGUUGGUAUUUAUACAUAUCUUGAGUCUGCAAACUUUGCAUACAGUCAACACUAUUCUGUUCGGCAGCGGACAUGACAUUCAGUGUUGGGUUGUUUAAUACUAAUUUCUUAUCCCUUAAUUUAAUAGGAAGUAAAUGUUUUCCAGGGAACAUUGCAAACGGUCCGCUGACAGCAUUUGGGAUGUUUAGUAGGGUUCAGGAGUUUAAUGCUGUUGCCAGCAUUGAGACUUUUGAUAUCAAAUGGGUUUUUACAAAAGCUUUGGAUACUUGUUUUUAUUGUCUGACAAACAUUGUCUUUAAUAUGAAUGCUUUGUGUAUGUUUCACUAGCAUUUUCCGAGUGUUUGUAUGGUUUCUACAGCUGGAUAUACUGUACAUUCUGCUUUUGUCAUUUUCUAUUAUGGUUUAUACUAGAAAGCCUGCACAGUUUAUACUGUACUGCAGGCAAGGACUGCAUUAAAACCAUUUUUGGUUAA